AUGCUAGUCUGCCCACCUCGCCGAGACCAGGGAGUCUGGAGAACCCCACCUCGCCCAGGGAGUCUGGAGAACCCCACCUCGCCCAGGGAGGAGUCUGGAGAUCCCCACCUCGCCGAGACCAGGGAGUCUGGAGAUCCCCACCUCGCCGAGACCAGGAGUCUGGAGAUCCCCACCUCGCCGAGACCAGGGAGUCUGGAGAUCCCCACCUCGCCGAGACCAGGGAGGAGUCUGGAGAACCCCACCUCACCGAGACCAGGGAGUCUGGAGAACCCCACCUCACUGAGUCCUGGGAGUCUGGAGAACCCCACCUCACUGAGUCCUGGGAGUCCGGAGAACCCCACCUCACAGUCCUGGGAGUCCGGAGAACCCCACCUCACUGAGUCCUGGGAGUCCGGAGAACCCCACCUCACUGAGUCCUGGGAGUCCGGAGAACCCCACCUCACUGAGUCCUGGGAGUCCGGAGAACACCACCUCAGAAUGCUAGUCUGCCCACCUCGCCGAGACCAGGGAGUCUGGAGAACCCCACCUCGCCCAGGGAGUCUGGAGAACCCCACCCUGCCCAGGGAGUCUGGAGAACCCCACCUCGCCCAGGGAGUCUGGAGAACCCCACCUCGCCCAGGGAGUCUGGAGAACCCCACCGAGACCAGGGAGUCUGGAGAACCCCACCUCACAGAGACCAGUGAGUCUGGAGAACCCCACCUCACAGAGACCAGUGAGUCUGGAGAUCCCCACCUCACAGAGACCAGUGAGUCUGGAGAUCCCCACCUCACCGAGACCAGGGAGUCUGGAGAACCCCACCUCAGAAUGCUAUUCUGCCCUCCUCACUGA